AUGACGUCACCAAAGAACUUCGCAACAUUGUCCACCAGCAGCAACAGCAACAGUAACAACGCCACCGGCAGUUCCCUGACCAGCGGUGCCACCAGCAGCAGCACCACCAUCAAUCAGAUCCCGUCCGCGCUGACCGUGUCGAACCGAAUCCUACGGUCACCGUCACACGAAAGCUUCUCCACGGACCUGUCGCUGAUUUCGAUAUCGGUCUCGUCAAUGACGUCGGAGGCCACGAGCGUGCUUAAUCGAUCCAGCUGCAGUCUGCUGACGAAAACGAUGGAGGAUAAACUUGGCAAUCUGCUGCUGAAGGAUGCCAAGAAAAAUCGAUCUUCGACACUAACGGAAAAAUGGAGCGAAAGCAACGACCUAAUCCGCAACUGUGCCACACUGUCAGCGGCCCUGGGCAUUCACAAAAGCUUUAGCACAACCGACAUCUAUCAGCUGCCAUCCGAUCAGCACAAUCUUGGCGGAAGGCUCUCCACUUCCGAGCUUGCGCUGACCCCGUUCCAGAAGGCCGGCUACCUGUUUGAGCAUCCCCGUCUGGAUCACACGUCGCGCUCGUACUCCACCUGGGUUGCGGUUGGCGAGCUAGCAUCCACCUCGCAACUGCCUUCGCCACACGGUGGGCAAUCUUCCAACCAGGUUCCGACGAUCUGUAACUCCACUCCGACGCCCAGCUUUACCGUUUCCGAUUUGAUCAGCUCGGUUAACAAGAAAAUUCGCCAGAACUACAUCCGACGGCGGCUUUACACCACCUACCGUGCCAUAGAAAGACUGUCCCAGAGCGAGUUUAACUUAGAUCGCCUGGAAGCGGCUGCUUUUGCCGCAAACAAUUUUAGUAAUCCCGGUCCUACAGAGCUAGUCGUUCCGACAACGCACGCUUCUGCCUCGCCCAUCGGAGGGAAAUCGGCCAACAUCGACACAAGCCCCAUAACGACUAGCUCCGCUAGCCCAUCGCCGGAUCCGUCGGCGGCUCUUCACUCGAAGAAAUCUUCUAGCAAAUCCCAUCACCCAAAGAAGAAUCUAACAUUCCUGGAUAUCGAAAGCGAACGAGGUAAGCCGCUGUCCAAGUACGAACGACACAUGCUGAUCUUCAACUGGCUGCAUACCAUUGACGAUUCGCCCAUCGAGAUUGACAAUUGA